AUGGCUUUGAGCAUUAAUCCGGCGCUGAACCCCUCUAUCGUAUCCCGCGGGCUACGCUCGCAGCGGCUGCGGGUUUCUGCCUCGGCCGUGGCGGCGGCCCCGAGCAGCGUCGCGUCGCGGUCGGCGUCGGUGCCUGCGCUCGUCGUGGGAACGCAUGCGGUGCCCGGCGCGAAUGCGCGGCCGCCUCUGUCGAGCGUGUGGCGGGAGGUCCAGGGGGCCGACGACUGGGAGGAUAUGGUGGAGCCGCUGAGCCCGCUGCUGUGCGAGGAGAUUGUGAGGUAUGGAGAGUUCGUCGCCGCGUGCUACAAGGCCUUCGACCUCGACCAGGCCUCGCGGCGGUACCUCAAUUGCAAGUACGGCAAAGGAAGCAUGCUCCGCGAGGUCGGGAUGGGGGGCUCGGGCUAUGAGGUCACCAAGUACAUUUAUGCCACCCCGGACAUCAGCAUCCCCACGCAGACCGGCACGUGCUGCAGCCGCUGGAUCGGGUACGUGACCGUCGCCUCGGACGAUGCCGUCCGCCGCCUCGGGCGCCGUGACAUCCUCGUGGCUUUCCGCGGGACAGUCACCAACACUGAGUGGAUCGCCAACUUCAUGAGCUCGCUCACUCCGGCGCGACUAGACCCGCAUGACCCCCGGCCCGACGUAAAGGUCGAGUCCGGGUUCCUCAGCCUCUACACGUCCGACGACAGCACGUGCAAAUUCAGCGGCGGCAGCUGCCGCGAGCAGCUGCUCUCUGAGCUUGCGCGGCUCAUCCACAAAUAUAAAGACGAAGAAAUAAGCAUAACACUAGCUGGGCACAGCAUGGGGAGCUCUUUAGCGCUUCUUCUAGGCUACGACCUCGCGGAGCUCGGAUUGAACCGGGACGGAUCGAACCGGGAUAUACCGAUCACUGUUUACUCCUUCGGGGGUCCGAGGGUCGGGAACUUGGGGUUCAAGGACCGAUGCGAGGAGCUCGGCGUAAAGGUUUUGAGAGUAGUCAAUGUGAACGACCCCGUAACGAAGUUACCGGGGGUUUUCUUCAACGAGAACUUUAGAUUGCCUUGGAGCUGCUCGUGCUACACGCAUGUGGGAGUCGAGCUUGCACUUGACUUCUUCAAGAUGAAGAACCCUGCAUGCGUUCACGACUUGGAUGCAUAUAUCGGGUUGCUGAAGUCCUGGCCCAAGAUGGCAAAGAUGAAGAAGGAGGGGGCAGAUUUUAUAAGCCGCAUGAGGAAACUUCUGCGCGCUGAGAAGCUCGAAGCAUGGCUUCUGCUGGAGGCUUCACGUCAAGUAGGAAACUUGGUUCAAUCUCUCAGGAUUUGA